AUGUUGUGGCUAUCUUUUGUUUCAUUUCUUUUAUCAUUGAUAAGCGAUGAAGCGGUAAAGGAUCAGUGUCCAGAACGAUGUUUAUGCCAUGAAGGGUUGAUUGAUUGCCGUCGACAGUCAUUGUUUGCUGUACCCCGAUAUUUACCGGCGAAUACUACAGUGUUAGAUCUGCGAAAUAAUCGUCUGAUGAAGAUUUUCAAGAGUGACUUCAAGAGUUUGGAGAAAUUAAAACUUUUGUUAAUUUCAUGGAAUUGGAUUCAUACUUUUGAAAAGGGAACAUUGGAUGGAACUUCGAACCUUAGAAAAUUACUAUUGGUAGGAAACCGUUUGAAAUCAAUUCCUAAAUUCAGUUCCCAUCAUCUCAUCAAUCUAUAUCACAUCGAUUUAUCACUCAACAAUAUUAACUACAUUGAUCAGCAAUUAUUAUGGAACAUACCAAAUCUUCAAGUGCUAAAUUUGGCCGAUAAUGCCAUUCAGACACUCCCAGAACGUUUUUUUGAUCAUUCGACGAGACUCAAAACACUCAUUCUGAACGGUAAUCCACUGAACUGUGAUUGCAGAUGGUUAUCAUUGGCCGAUUUUGUUCAUCAACAUUGCAAUAUAUCACCGGUGUGUUACUACCCAGAUAUGCUUCGUCGGCGACAAUUCUCAUCACUCAAAAGCAACGAUUUUCUAUGCUUUGGAGCAAAAUUACUAGAUAAUAAACGUAAUGCGAAAUGUGAGGUCGAGACCAAAACACCAAUUACUUUCAUCUACAAAGGAGAAAAAGUGGAUGAUAAUAAUAUGGACGGAAUCAAAAUACUAUCAAAUGGUAUGGUAUCGUUAAAUUCUAAUAUUUCGUUGUUCGAAUUGCAAUGCGCUAUUGAUUACAAUGUAACUUUCAUUCCCCAAUUUCGAUUUCCACGUCAAAUUUUUGGCGUCCCUUCAGCACCAAAAUUUACUCUGAAACCGAAAGAUCGUUCAUAUCGUGAAGGAACCACCGUUCGACUUGAUUGUGAGGUAACUGGCAAGCCUCAACCCUCUAUAACUUGGUAUUUUAAUGGCAAAAAGUUAAAAAGAUCACGGAAAUAUGAAUUAAAUAUUGGGCAUACCAGCUUGAACAUUUAUCCAUUUCUUGAAAGGGACGUUGGAAAGUACACUUGCAUUGCGGAGAAUGAAUAUGGACGAAUUGAAACUUCAGCAGAAGCUCGUCUCAUUUCCAGCUCUCCUCCUGUUAUUACAGAAACUCCAGAAAAUCAGAAAGUAUCACUAGGCUCAACUGUAACAUUCCGUUGUCGAGCUGACGGUGAACCUCGCCCAUUUAUUACGUGGUUCCUGAAUGGCGGUGAAAUUCACCUAUUAAAAGGACAUUUUCACGUAUCAGACGAUGAAGUUGAAUUGACCAUUUCGGGAGUAACAAAACGAGAUGAAGGUGUAUAUUCAUGUAUGGCUGGUAAUACAGUUGGUUCAAUGAUUGCUGAAGCUCGUUUAAUAAUUGAUCAGAAUCGAUUUCAUGACAGUUCACUAAAUGGUCAUUUCAUCCAUAAAAUAUUUCAGGAAGCAUCACAGAAUGUUGAUGGUGCUAUUGAACAAACACGUGAAAAAUUAUCGAAAAUAACUAAUCCACAUGAGCUAUUGCAAUGGUUUCAAUUCUCAUUUCCUCAAACAAUCGAAUUAAAUCGUGCACGAGAAAUCUAUGAGGAAAGUAUACGUCUUAUUCAAAAACAUGUCGAAAAAGGUUUGACUUUGCCUCUCCAUAGACUUUCGUCAAAUAUUUCAAUUGAACCCGUUCUUGCCAAAUCUCAUGUUGACAUGCUAGUACAACUAGCUGGUUGUUCGGGAGCACAAAUUCGAGAUCCUUGCAAUGAACAGUGUUUUCAUUCACGUUACAGAACUUAUGAUGGACAAUGCAACAAUGAAAUUCACACAAUGUGGGGUGCAAGUCAGACACGUUUCCGACGUUUAUUACCGCCAAUAUACGAAAAUGGCUUCAAUACGCCAAUUGGAUGGAAUCCGAGCAAAUUAUAUUUUGGUUACCGCAAACCUAAUGCACGAAGCGUAUCCAAGAAGCUUCUUGGAACCAACCACAUCACCCCUCAUGAAACUUAUUCGACAAUGCUAAUGCAAUGGGGACAGUUUAUUGAUCAUGAUUUGGACUUCACUGCAACAGCAAUCAGUCGUCAUGCAUUUGCCACGGGCGCUAUUUGUAAUCGAACCUGUGAAUAUCUUAAUCCGUGUUUCAAUAUACCAUUGGCGCACGAUGAUCCAAGAAUGCUUGCAAAUCCACGAUAUCCGUGCAUUGAAUUCGAACGUUCAAGUGCGGUAUGCGGUUCUGGUGAAACAUCACUUAUUUAUCGUCAUGUUACUUAUCGUGAACAAAUGAACACUAUUACAAGUUACAUUGACGCUUCGGGGAUAUAUGGGAGUACGGAAGAAGAUGCACAUGAUUUGCGUCAUUUAAGUCCGGAUCGAGGCUUACUCAGAUAUGAUAUGGUAUCAUCAGCAAAUAAGCCUUAUUUACCAUUUGAACGUGAUUCACCUGUCGAUUGUCGACGAAAUUGGACUUUGAAUUAUCCAAUGCGAUGUUUUCUGGCUGGAGAUUUUAGAGCUAACGAACAGCUGGGAUUAAUGACUAUGCAUACAAUUUUCAUGCGAGAGCAUAAUAGACUAGCAAUCCAAAUUGCUGACUUAAAUCCUGAUCUUGAUGGUGAAACGAUUUUUCAUGAAACUCGAAAAAUUGUUGGCGCUGAAUUGCAACAUAUUACAUUCCAUUAUUGGCUGCCAAAAGUUCUUGGAAAAAAGCAAUUUGAUAAGCUGAUUGGUCCAUAUAAAGGCUAUCAACCAUUAUUGGAUGCUAGUAUAUCAAACGCAUUUGCGACAGCAGCAUUUCGUUUUGGGCACACAUUGGUUAAUCCCAUCUUAUAUAGACUUGACGAAAAGUUAGCACCAAUUAAGGAAGGGCAUGUACUAUUGAGAGAUGCUUUCUUCGCACCAGAAAUCUUGUUAUCAACAGGAAGUGUUGACCCAUAUUUGCGUGGUUUGUUUGCAACACCGAUGAAGAAGCCAAUAUCGAAUGAAUUGAUGAAUGAUGAACUUACUGAGAAUCUAUUUAAUCGAGCACACGAACGAGGUCGUGAUCAUGCUCUUCCUGGGUAUGUCGAAUUUCGAAAAUGGUGUAAUCUAUCAUCAGUGGAAAAUUGGGAUGAUUUGAGGAAUAUAAUGCCAUACGAAAUCAUUCAUAAAUUGAAAGAUCUAUAUGGUCAUCCAGGUAAUAUUGAUUUGUUCGCUGGUGGUGUGGCAGAGAAACGAUUCAAUGGAGCGUUGAUCGGUCCAACAUUUUCAUGUAUCAUAGCUGAACAAUUCAGGCGUAUACGUGAUGGUGAUAGAUUUUGUUUAGUAUUGAAUUGCAAACAACAAAGUACAACUUUUCGGUACGAAAAAAAGGGCAUAUUCAAUGAAGCUCAGAGAAAGGAGAUUAAAAAGAUAUCACUGGCUCGGAUCAUUUGUGACAAUGCUGAUAAUAUCACCAGUGUACAACAAGAUGUUUUCGUUUUUGUUGGUAGACAUCCUCAAUCCUACAACUCUUGUGCAAAUGUUCCGAAAUUGGAUUUAAGACCAUGGCAGUCUUGUUGUUAUCAUUUGUGUCCGAUACGACAUAAUCGAUACAGAAGGAUAUAUAAGCGACGGCAAAUCAUUUUUUUUUUUCAAAAAUACGAAUUCUUGAACCCAAGAACUAGAAUUUUCAAUUCUUGA